AUGGUGCCAAAAAUAACGGCCAACAACAUGGAAGGUUCACAUGCCUCUGUCUCUGUUUCUCUCUCUCUCUCAGAUGAGGAGCUGCCCAAUAUCAAUGGGAGUAACGAUGUCUGCCAGACAGACUCACCCACUGACAGUGGCCAGGAUCGAAAUGGGAACCAGCUACAGGUGAAAUCCCACAAUGAGGAGAUCUUAUUCCGGCUCUCCCGUCUGUCAUCGAUCCUGCAUGGCCUGCAGGCCAUCGUCGUCAAGCAAGACUCAGUGCUAGAGGCCCAGAAGCAGCAGCUGGGGGAGCAGAGGGAGCGGCUCUGUCGCCAGAGUUCCCGGGAGUGGCCACUGGCAGAGCAGGAGAGGCUGCGCAGCGCGGAGCAGGAGCGGGAGGAGCUGGUUGGCCUGAGGAGGCAGCACAGCCUGCUGCAGGAAGAGUUCCAGAGGUGCCGUCGCACCUGUGAGGAAAGGACCCAGGAGGUGCGAGUGCUGGAGGCCCAACUCCAGGAGGCCAAGCGGAGCAAGCACGAGUUGCGGGGCCAGCUGGAGGAGUGCAGCCGGGAGGCUGAGGCCCCAACAGAGGCCCAGGCCCAGGCCCAGGCCCCGGCCCCGGCCCAACUGCACAGGGGAAGGCGCAAGGCCCACUCCCGGCAGCUCAGCCUGCCCUCGGCCCAGUUCACCAGCUUCAGCCCUACACAGAACACGCAGCACCGGCGCAGGAGUGUGGAUGGGAGUUGCCUCCAGGGCUGCGGAGAUGAUCCCGCGGCCGCGCUGAGCACCCAGGAGAGACCAGAAUUCCAGGAGCUCCGAUCUGAGGGAGCGGAGAGUGGGACGACGCGAGAGACCGUCCUCGCCCCGCACCAGGAACACCAGGUCGAGGAGGAGCCCGGAGAGGAGAGUGAGCCUCAAUCAGAGGAUGAGGAGGCCACAGGAGCUGAGGAAACAGAGAACAUUCUGGAAGGCCACCUCAGCAGGCAGCGUGCACCCGGGGGGACUGCGGUUCUCAAUGAGGAGGAGAUCGAAGAGGAAGACGAGGAGGAUGAUGAUGACUUGUAUUAUUGAACUCUGACCUGCGCUCCCUCGCCUCCACCUGCCAUCCACACACCCACUCCCCCACCGUCUGGGAGAUGGGGGGGCCAUAUUUAACGGGACACCCCCCAUCUUCAGUGUCAAGUGGACGGGGGAGGGGGUGUGUGUGUGCGAGAGAGAGAGAGAGGGAGAGACCCCGCAAUAUUCUCCAAUAAUCCCACUCCCUUUGUUUAACUCUCUCUCCUGUUGGUUUGGUGGGGAGGGGGGGGUAGCCUAGAAACUGUUCCCACACUGGAUUAUAAUUUGGAAAACCUUCCAUUUUUCCUGCCCCCCGCGCGUUAUUUAAGAACUCGACUCGUUUAAACUCGGUUAUUCGGAGACUGCAGUUUAUCUAAAGACUCCCUGCAGCGCAGGGAGGGGACAACAUAUGUCAACAUACUGAGUGCUGUUGGACUCAGGACCAAACAGUGGGG